AUGCCCGGAGGCGUUUGUGCCGUCCUCGAUUACGAGGUCGACAUGAUGGCUGAGUAUGUCGCCGAGAUGGCAACCCGCGUUGUCACUCCGGAGGCCAGCGUCACUUCGCCGUUUCGCAAGUUUGUGUCGCAGAUUCUCACCUCCACGAGACUGCCUAGUACGACCAUUCUCCUCGGGAUGAACUACCUCGCCAAGAGGAUCAACUCGAUGAAGAGCCAGGGCCCGUACAAGGCCUCCGAGGGUCAAGUCUGGCGGUUCCUUACCGUUUCGCUUCUCCUCGGCAGCAAAUUCUUGGACGACAACACCUUUCAGAACCGAUCCUGGUCUGAGGUCAGCGGCAUCCCCGUCUCCGAGCUCAACACCCUGGAGUAUGACUGGCUCCAGGCGAUGAACUGGCGGCUCUACGUCAAUCUUGAUCAUAGCAAGGACUACCAGGCCUGGCUUGACAACUGGCGUGAGUGGCAGCAGAUGAAGAAGCGACGAGCUGCCCAGGCCAGCCGAGAGCGUCUGGCUGCUCUGGUUCCCGCCAUCGACACCGACCUGGCGAGGUACAACAGCAACCGCUGCUCACCUCACUUCCGCUACAUCCAGGCUCAGGUCGCAGAGUAUGAGCGCUACCAGGCGAUGAAGACCCAGCAGCAGAGCUACCGCUCUCGCGAGACCACGUGGGCCAACAACCCGUGGAACGCGCCUCUCACUCCGCCGGAUUCCGGCUAUGGCACUCCCGAGUACGCCGUGUCGGCUGCCUCCAGCAACGCUCGCUACAAUGAGUGGUUCGCUCAGGCCGCUGCUCAGUACAGCAGCCGGUACCCCCAGCCUCCCGCUCACAAUACGUUUUACCCCAACCGCCAAUCGCCGUAUUCCUCUCACUACCCCUACAACCACCACAGCGGAUGGGAGCACGGCGUUGCCGAAUGCAGCUGCUCGGGCUGUGUCGAGCCCAUGAAACAGACGCCUUACUUCAUGUCCCAUGGAUAUGGUCAGCCCGUCAUGGGUUAAUGUUUGCAACGAUUUUCCUUUUCAUCAUUCAACUGGGCUUCAAUAGGGCCCUCCUUUUCUUUCUCUGUUCGGUUUCGGAAAAAAACGGUGCGGAUUUCGAGUUUCUAAUGGCUACGAGUUUUCGCCAUCUUCUCUGUUCAAGAAGACGCGUGUUUUUUCAGAUACC